CACUUCACUGGAAAAGCCUGCAUUAACACCGGCUGCUGCAGACAUGAACGGCACCAGCGACAAGCUUUUCUGCUGCAAAUGGAUACGAAACAGAAUCCCCAUCACCCACAGAGAGGAACUUUAUCACAUCCUGAGGAUGACAGGACCGCUGCUGUUCUCCCGAAUUCUUCAUUUCUUGCUCCCAUUCGUCGUUACAAUGUUCUGUGGGCGCCUGGGAAAUGAUGUGAUGGCCGGCUACGGGUUAGCUUCAGCUACCAUUAAUGUUACCACAGCAGCAACAGGAUGUGGUCUGAGCCUGGCUUGUGACACUUUGGUGUCUCAGACAUUUGGGGGGAAGAAUAUGUUACAGGUGGGAGUGAUCCUGCAGAAGGGCAUUAUCAUCCUCAUGCUGUUCUGUCUGCCCUGCUGGGGGCUCCUCCUCAAUGCCGAGGCCGUCCUGUUGUGUCUGAGCCAAGACCCCGAGGUUGCCAGAAUAGCCCAGCUGUAUAUUACAGCCUUCCUUCCUGCAGUACCAGCCAUGUUUCUUCACAAUCUCCAGGUCUCCUAUCUGCAGAACCAGGGAAUAAUCCUCCCACAGAUGUACGCCGCUGCUUUGGCAAACCUAGCAAACGUUGCUACAAAUUACAUCUUGCUUUACUGGUUGGAUCUGGGUGUCAGUGGUUCUGCAGCAGCAAACACUCUGUCUCAGAUUUACAUCAGCGCCUUUAUGUUUGCUUACAUUUGGUGGAAGAAGCUCCAUGUUACAACAUGGGCAGGCUGGUCUGUGGAAUCACUGCAGGACUGGGGCUCCUACAUGAAGCUGGCCAUCCCCAGCACGUUAAUGACUUGUUUUGAGUGGUGGAUUUAUGAGUUUGGGGGAUUCUUUGCAGGAAUGAUGAGUGAGGAUGAGCUUGCAGCCCAGCAUGCUGUAAUAAUGGUGGCUUUCAUCACCUACAUGUUUCCUCUUGGGAUUCAAGCUGCAGCAUGCGCUCGGGUGGGGAACGCUCUUGGUGCAGGAGACACUGCCAGGGCACUUCUCACCAGCAAGAUGUCACUAACCCUUGCAGCAAGCUUUGCAGUCGCUGAAGGCCUUGUGCUCGGCUGCUCUAAGUCGGUGAUCGGCUUCAUCUUCACUUCUGAUGAAAAAAUUGCAGGAAUAGUGUCCAACUUGAUGAACGCGUAUUGUUUCCUUCAGUUUUUUGAUGGUCUUGUGUGUGUGUGCACAGGAAUCUUCCUGGGCACGGGCAAACAGAAGAUCCCAGCUGUGGCGAAUCUCAUUGGCUACUACUGCAUCGGGCUUACACUGUGUGUUACUUUUAUAUUUGUUGUAAAACUCAGAAUUUUAGGAUUUUGGAUCGGACUGCUUAUUUGUGUUGUCUUGCAAUCCACAUUUUAUAUUAUUGUUAUCUUCAGGCUCAACUGGAAGACAAUGACGGAGGAGGCUGUGAAGCGAGCAAAAAAAAAGUCGUACACGAUGUUGUUGAGUACGGACGUCCCGUCAGAACUUGUGGAUAACGUCCCUAAUGGCCAGAACUCAACCAAUGAAGUCUCAGUGGAUGGCUACAUGUCUGUGAUUACUGAGCAUGACAGAGACAGUGAGGCGAAAGCUGGAUGCAGGAUCCAGCAACAGAAAACUGCGCGACUCUCCACCACCCAGCUUAUCAUCAGACGAGGAGUCACUGUUUUUGCCGCCAUGGCUCUUCUCGCUGUGGGAGCAGGAGUGCACAUUCUUGUCCCCCUGCCAGAGGCCCACUCUGUAAAGGCCAACUUCACCUCAGACUGGAUCAAUGCAACUGUUGCUCCUCAUCAGUUUCUUUCCACUGCUGAAUAGAAGAGACAGCCAUUCCUGAUACAGUCAGACCAGUGAAACCACUUGAUGGAGUCACUACUUACUGUACACUGAAAAAAAAAAAGGAUUUUUGGGUGUAGUAACAUUUACUUAAUUGUUCUUUUAAAUUUUACAAAAAAAUAUCAAAAUCUCUGAACUACUAUAAUUUACUAAAUAAGCAAUACACAUUAUAUUAUAAAUCAAUUUUACUGUACAAAAAA